AAAACCGAUAGGUUUUAAUCAAAAACCUCUAUUUUGUCAACCUGUUUGUCAAUAAAGUUUUAUUUGAACGCGUCGUUUUCAAAGAUGGCGGCGGUUCAGAGUGGAGUUCCACCUUCCCUCUCAGCCAAAGUGACAGGCUCAUUUGCCUAUUUGACUAUCCGGGACAGACUGCCGACCAUUCUGACAAAAGUUAUUGACACAAUACACCGGAACAAAAACACUUUUUUUGAGGAACAUGGCGAGGAGGGAAUCGAAGCAGAGAAACAAGCGAUUGGUCUUCUGUCAAAGCUGAGGAACGAGCUGCAGACAGACAAACCUGUGAUUGAACUGACGGAUGGUUUGGAGGACACAGACUCCUGGAACGAGUAUCUGCAGAGACAACAGAGGCUGCAGGGAGACCAGGAGCCUGUCAGCUGGUUCAAGUCUCCAUGGCUUUAUGUAGAAUGCUACAUGUACCGCAGGAUCCAGGAGGCAGUCAGUCUGAACCCCCCCAUCAGUAACUUUGAUGUCUUCAACGAAGGAAAGACUCAGAGCUUUUACGAGUCUCAGAAGGCUGUGAUGACUCUGUGUACUUUUCUGGAGGACACCCAAAAGAACGCAGAGAAGCUCUCUCCGGAUCAGUUGUCGGAGCAUUUCAGCAAACUGCUGCAGAUCUCUUUGUGGGGCAACAAGUGCGAUCUCUCCAUCUCCGCCGGGCAAGACAACUCUCAGAAGACCAGCCCCGUAGACGCCCUCGCCGGCCUGCAGCCGUAUAUCUUGGUGAAUGACUCCGGUAUGGUGUGGUCGACGCUGAUGUCGUCACGGAGGGCGGGAGAGUCUGGGGAAAGCGGCGUGGACAGAGUGGACAUUGUUUUAGACAAUGCUGGCUUUGAGCUGGUCACUGACUUGGUCUUAGCAGAUUUUCUGGUGUCCUCGGGCCUCGCACGCAAGAUUUAUUUUCACGGAAAAUCCUUCCCGUGGUUCGUCUCCGAUGUGACCGCUAAUGACUUCCACUGGACCAUCCGGCAGACCAUGGCGGCCAACCACAAGUGGAUGUCCAAGAGAGGCUUCCAGUGGCAGAACUAUGUGAAAGAGGGCGCGUGGAGCUAUCACGACCACCCUUUCUGGACUCAGCCGCACGAGUUCUGCGACAUGGCCGCCGACGCUCCCGACCUGUAUGCACGUUUGCAGCAGGCGGACUUGAUUCUGUUCAAAGGUGAUCUCAACUACAGGAAGUUGACGGGGGACAGGGCCUGGGAGCACACGGUGGCGUUCAGCACGGCGCUGCGAGGGUUCGGGCCGGCGCCCCUGUGCAGUCUAAGAACCCUGAAGGCCAACGUGCAGGUCGGUCUGCAACCGGGUCAAGGCGAGAAGCUCGCCUCCAAAGACCCAACCUGGAUGACUAACGGAAAAUACGCCGUCAUUCAGUUCUACAGGCCGCUGUGAAGUCCUCAGAACAGGCUGGAAGUGUAAAGAUAGAGUUCAUCUAAAUCAGGGGUCCCCAAACU